CGUCGCGCACCCCUCGCCGCAGCUGCCGGGAGCGGACGCGGGAGGGCGGCUGGGGUCUGCGCGCAGGGUCCCCGCGGCUCCCCGCGGCCCUUUGUCCCCGCACCCCCGCGGGGCGAGCGCGGCUCGGGGCGUCGCGUUGGCCGGAGGCUCUUACACACGCCCGAGAGCCCCCGGUCCCCCGGUCAUGACAAGGAGCCUCCGUCUUUAGGACUACCAGCCAGACUCCCAGAAAUCAUGUUGGUAGGGUCCCAGUCCUUCUCACCUGGGGGACCCAAUGGGAUCAUCAGAAGCCAGUCCUUUGCGGGGUUCAGCGGCCUUCAGGAGAGACGAUCCAGAUGUAACUCCUUUAUCGAAAAUCCCUCCGCUCUCAAGAAGCCUCAGGCCAAACUGAAGAAAAUGCACAAUUUAGGACACAAAAACAAUAACCCUCCCAAAGAGCCUCAGCCUAAGAGGGUAGAAGAGGUCGUCAGAGCCUUGAAAAAUGGACUUGACGAGUAUCUGGAGGUUCACCAGACGGAGUUGGACAAGUUGACAGCUCAGUUAAAAGAUAUGAGAAGGAACUCUCGCCUGGGUGUCCUGUAUGACCUAGACAAGCAAAUUAAAACAAUUGAAAGAUACAUGAGACGCCUGGAGUUUCACAUCAGUAAGGUGGACGAACUCUACGAAGCUUACUGUAUCCAAAGACGCCUCCAAGACGGUGCCAGCAAAAUGAAGCAAGCCUUCGCAGCCUCCCCGGCCAGUAGAGCUGCCCGGGAGAGUCUGUCCGAGAUCAGUCGCAGCUACAGGGAGUACACGGAGAACAUGUGUGCCAUUGAAGCAGAGCUGGAGAAUCUGCUGGGGGAGUUCUCCAUCAAGAUGAAAGGUCUGGCUGGUUUUGCUCGCCUCUGUCCUGGAGAUCAGUAUGAAAUUUUCAUGAAGUACGGCCGACAGAGGUGGAAACUGAAAGGCAGAAUAGAAGCCAACGGCAAGCAGAGCUGGGAUGGAGAGGAGGUCGUGUUCCUGCCCCUGAUCGUCGGAUUCAUUUCCAUCAAGGUCACGGAACUCAAAGGGCUCGCCACUCACCUCCUGGUCGGCAGUGUGACCUGCGAGACCAAAGAGCUGUUUGCCGCCCGACCUCAGGUGGUGGCGGUUGACAUCAAUGACCUUGGCACCAUCAAACUGAGCCUGGAGAUCAGCUGGUACCCCUUUGACGUGGAGGACAUGGCCCCGUCCUCGGGCGCCGGGAGCAAGGCCGCAGCCCUGCAGAGGAGAAUGUCCAUGUACAGCCAGGGGACCCCGGAGACGCCCACCCUGAAGGACCACUCCUUUUUCCGGUGGCUGCGCCCUCCGGCAGACAGGCCGCGGCGGCUGUCUGUCUUGAGUGCCUGGCAGGACACUUUCUUGGCCAAGCUGCACUGCAGCCGCUCCCUCAGUGACCUGCCCUCCCUCCGGCUGAGACCCAAGGCCGGGCUAGAGUUUUAUGUGAGUGCGGGUGGCCUGCCCGCUGGGAAGUGCUUGCCGUGGGGGCUGGUGGCACGUGUGCUGUGGUCUGUCCGUUUUUCCCGCUUCUCUGUCGCGCUCGCGGGGCGACGGUUACAGCCGUCCUGUCCCUGGGGCGGGAAAUUGGGUCACGCAUGCGCCUCUGUCCGCCAGGUGGUUGUCCCUGUCUUUGGCGAGCCCCGCUUUUGUGCUGUGGUUUUUCUCCGCUGGGGCAAAGAUAUCCAUGGUAACAAGAUCUUCAUCUUUAAGAAACCGCUAACGUUGCGCUCACCUUCCUGCUUCAGCCCUUACAGGUCGGUACACCCAGAGGCCAGGGGGCACCUGAGCGAGGCGCUGACAGAAGACACAGGAGUCGGGACCAGUGUGGCCGGAAGCCCCCUCCCCCUGACCACAGGAAAUGAGAGCCUGGACAUCACCAUUGUCAGGCACCUUCAGUAUUGCACCCAACUCGUUCAGCAAAUUGUUUUCUCGAGCAAAACCCCAUUUGUGGCGAGCAACCUCUUGGAGAAGCUUUCUCGGCAAGUCCAGGUGAUGGAGAAACUGUCAGCCGUCAGCGAUGAGAACAUAGGGAACAUCAGUUCUGUCAUUGAAGCCAUCCCAGAAUUUCACAAAAAGCUGUCUUUGCUGUCAUUCUGGACGAGGUGCUGCAGCCCGGUGGGGGUCUACCACAGCUCGGCUGACAGAGUGAUGAAGCAGCUGGAAGCCAGCUUUGCCAGAACCGUCAACAGAGAAUAUCCAGGACUCGCAGACCCAGUGUUUCGAACCCUGGUGUCCCAAAUCCUGGACCAGGCUGAGCCUCUGCUCCCCUCCAGCCUCUCUUCGGAGGUCAUCACCGUUUUCCAGUAUUACGGCUACUUCACCAGCCACGGUGUGAGCGACCUAGAGAGCUACUUGAACCAGCUGGCCAAGCAAGUUUCCUUGAUUCAGACCCUGCAGUCGCUGAGAGAUGAGAAACUGCUCCAGGCCAUGAGUGACCUUGCACUGGGCAGCCUCUCGGCCCAGCAGGAAGUACUCGGGACCCUGGCUGUGCUGCUGACUGGCGAUAACCAGGAAGCCCGUGAGGCUGUGAUGCUGUACUUGACCGCAGCCUCCAGAAACGAGCACUUCAGGGAAAAGGCCUUGCUGUAUUACUGUGAGGCACUGACAAAGGCAAACCCCCAGCUCCAGAAGGCAGCCUGCCUGGCCCUGAAAAGCUUGCAGGCCACCGAAAGCAUUAAGAUGCUGGUGACUUUGUGUCAGUGCGACACCGAGGAAAUCAGAAACGUGGCCUCGGAGACCCUCUUGUCUCUCGGAGAAGAUGGGCGGCUGGCGUACGAACAGCUGGACAAAUUUCCUCGAGACCGUGUUAACGCUGGAGGGCGUCAUGGGGCUGAAGUUGCCACGGCCUUUUAAUGAGCUCUGCCCAACAGCCAUCUUAAUAAAUGGCCCUGUUCAUCAAGAUGGUGCUGGGAUUUAGCGGGCGUGUUUAAACCUUGAAGAGUUCUGCUGAGGUUGUCUGGAAAUUUAACACGUCAUAGAUAGAAGUCAAAGUCGAGCGUCAUAGUACCUAUCUACUUUUCCUUUGGCCGAUAGAAUAGGGCCAAUAUGACUCCGUAGAUGACGGUGUCGAUUGCGUCUGACGAUACUUGGUAAAAGAAUCCAUCUUAUCUCAUAUGUAUGGAAUUUUAGAACAGCCAUCUUUGUACUUUUUUGGAAGUUCUUCUCUAAGCCUAAAAUCGUCACAUGAUACUUUGAUGACUGUCACACGCCUUGCGGUGUCUCCCCGUCGUGUCCUGAGGGUUGAGGGGCCCCACCAGCUACCUAAUUUUACCUUAAAUGCAAAGCACAAAAAAGAAUUUCUUCGAAUAACAGUUUGCCCGCAGAACUCGGUAAAAUGACACAUUGUAAGAGUUUAAAUUUUUUUUUAACUUCAUUUUUUUUCCAAGCCUCCAUUACUUCUUUUGUUUCUUUUCUCCAUCCUGACCGUUCCCAAAGCAUGUUUCUGUGAUGGAUAAAAGACAGGUUGAUGUCUAAGAUGAUACCCGUACUCCUUAAAAAAAAGACAUUCGAAGUUGAAGCUUUUUUGAACACGAGCCAUUUUUUUUUUUUUU